AUGCAUAAAGUAAGCCAGUCACCUGAUUUACAAAAUCAGUCAUGCUUACGAUAUCCAAAUUUGAUGUUGGAAAUAAGAGGCUUCUCUCUUCUCCAUGCACUGGCUCGCUCAGGUUAUGCGUCCUGUAUAAGACAGUUGUUGACUAAUAUCGGAACAACGAGUAUCAACAGAAGAACCAAAAAGGAUGGAAACACCCCACUACAUUUUUGUAUGUUUAAUGAAAAUGUACCGUUCAAGGACCGCUAUGACACAGCUAAAGUCCUAAUUCAAAAUGGAGCAAAUGCUGCACUAAAGAAUAAGAUCCCUAGGACUCCGGUUGAGGAGUAUGCUAAAUUCAGGUAUAAAGAUACUGAAGAACAGAAAGAACAAAUGCUUCUGUUGCUUGCUACAGACACACAUGGUACAGUGAAGGUGAGAACGCUGACUAUAGAGCAGUUUAUGAAAGCACUAUCAGAAGGAACAGGAAAAGCAAAUUUCACCAGACUAAUGGUAAUGGGAAAUGAACGAGUUGGCAAAUCAUGCCUAGUAGACUCACUGCUUGGAAAAAAAUUUGAAGAAAACAAACAGAUAACAGAUUCUAUUGCCAUUACAAAGGCAUCCAUCAGCGAGGCUAAAGAUUGGACAGAAUCAGAUAAAUCUGAACUGAUCGCAAGAUAA